AUGCCGUUUGCAAAAGCCGCUGAAAAUCUCAUAAUACCACUUGCCCGUGCCAGUCGCACUGUGGCCCCAUGCCACUUCGAGACUGGACCGGAUUCGAAACCAUUCCUGAUGCAUCUUUCGGCACAUUUCAUGCUCCGGUCCGCCCUGAUGAUGUGCCACACAGUGCCAGGGUUUCAAGCAGAUUGUAUAGUGUAUGGAUAUAAGUUCGUCAAUCUGUCGAUCUCGACAGUCCUCACAUUCCUCUUGCCCUGUCUUGCAUUUGCCAGGUUUGGAUGGCUUCUUGUUCUCGCCCCUUGGCCCAUCAGCCAUUGA